AUGAAGAGAAGGCUGAAUCUAACUAAUUGCAAAUAAUUAAAUCAUAAUCAAGCUCUAAAAGUGUAGAAAAAAUCAAAACUCAAACAAGCUCAUAAACCUAGAUAAAAUAGGUUUAAGAUGAAGAAGAAAUCUAAAAAAUCAGUGUUUAUCUGUAACUUUCUAGAGCAAAAAAGGUAGCAAUUUUUCAUAAAUUUUUUAGUAUUUUUUAUAUUUUAGAUGAUAUCCUUUAAAGGCCAUUAAGAUUCACUCUGCUUUACUUAAAAACAAUACACACCUUAGUUAUUUCAAUAUUAUUCUAAGGUUAUAAUAUGCUAAUUUAGCAGGUAAUAAUAGCCAUAAUAAACAGCUCAUUAAUGA